AUCAGAAUCCAGCGCACCAAACCGGUGAAAAAUUGUGGUCCACGGUGUACGAUAACGGUUUAAAGCUGCGUUCGGACGAGACCGUGCCGGGCUUUAGCUCGGCCUCGCCCUGGCCCACGCUCGAGCUGGAAUGGGGCCGGAAGCUGUACCCGUCCUCGGUGCCGCGCGGUGCCGGUGGCAUGAUGUUCGGUCUACCACCGACCGGGGCGGACAUGAAUCAACCGCGCGGUCCCAUGACGUCGCUCAAGGAGGAACCGCUCGGAGCACGGGCCUGGAUGCAGCCGGCCGUCGAUCAGGCAAACUUGGGUAUUGGACGGGCGCACUUCGAGAAGCAGCCGCCAAGCAAUCUGCGAAAGUCGAACUUCUUCCACUUCGUGGUCGCACUGUACGAUCGUGCCGGUCAGCCCAUCGAAAUCGAGCGGACCGCUUUCAUCGGCUUCAUCGAGAAGGAUCAGGAACCGGACGGUCAGAAGACGAACAACGGCAUCCAGUACCGGUUGCAGCUGCUGUACGCUAAUGGUGCCCGCCAGGAACAGGAUAUCUUCGUGCGGCUGAUCGACUCGGUAACGAAACAGGCGAUCGUGUACGAAGGACAGGACAAGAAUCCGGAGAUGUGCCGAGUACUGCUGACGCACGAAGUCAUGUGCAGUCGAUGCUGUGACAAGAAAAGCUGUGGCAAUCGAAACGAAACACCGUCAGAUCCUGUGAUUAUCGAUCGAUUUUUCCUUAAGUUUUUCCUCAAGUGCAACCAAAACUGUCUGAAGAAUGCGGGCAACCCGCGCGAUAUGCGACGAUUUCAAGUAGUGAUAGCGACCCAGGUGGCCGUGGACGGGCCGCUGCUGGCCAUCUCGGACAACAUGUUCGUCCACAACAACAGCAAGCACGGGCGCCGGGCGAAGCGGCUCGAUCCCGAAGGUACAGCCAAUUCUCCGUUGGCAAUGUCGGGCCACCAUCUGGCCCCGGACAGUACGUACGACGGCAUCUAUCCACCACUUCCAAUGGCUACACCGUGCAUUAAGGCCAUCUCACCGAGCGAAGGCUGGACCACUGGUGGAGCUCAGGUCAUUAUCGUUGGUGAUAAUUUCUUCGACGGACUACAAGUUGUCUUCGGCACCAUGCUCGUAUGGAGUGAGCUCAUCACUUCGCAUGCGAUUCGUGUCCAAACGCCACCCCGACACAUACCCGGAGUCGUGGAGGUAACUCUUUCGUAUAAAAGUAAACAAUUCUGCAAAGGAUCACCGGGACGAUUUGUCUAUGUUUCUCUGAGUGAACCGACCAUCGAUUAUGGCUUUCAACGACUGCAAAAAUUGAUACCGCGCCAUCCCGGCGAUCCGGAGAAGCUUCCGAAGGAGAUCAUUCUAAAGCGAGCGGCCGAUCUGGCGGAAGCCCUCUACUCGAUGCCACGCUCACCGAAUGGGACGUCCGGAUUUAACUCGUACAGUGGGCAGCUUGCCGUCAGCGUCCAGGAUGGAACUGGCCAGUGGACUGAAGAUGAGUAUACACGAGCCCAAAGCAGUAGUGUAAGCCCACGGGGUGGAUACUGUAGCAGCGCCUCGACACCACACUCGUCCGGUGGUGGAUCGUACGGCAGUAGCAAUGGGUACGCCACCGCACCCAACAUGACCGGUCUCUCAUCAUCACCUGCGAGCGUUUUCAACUCAUCCACAAGAAUCAAUGGACUGAUGAGUGGUGGCAGUGGCUUCAGCCCGUACUCGAUGACGACUUGCGCCUCGCAGGGCUACACGCCGAGUCCGUUAGCUGCAACGACCACGUCGAAGUGAACGCUCACACCGGCGUUGACGGAAUAUUGUUAAA